CCGGGAGAAAAUCCUGGGGGACAGAGUGCAGAGCCUUGCCUUGUUUCCCUAGCAACGGUCUCUGGAGCAGAUGGCCACCUAGUGAUUUGUCGGACUGUGCCGGGUCUGGGCCUCUUGUUCCCAACUCAUAAGGCUUUGCAGCCCUGUUGACCCGAUGUUUCAUGGAACAAUCACAAAAGAACUAACCAGUCAUGAAGAAUGGAGGCAUUAUAAUGACAACAUGAUAGAAGAUCAGAAAGAUUUUGUUUUUGUGAAGUUCAGUGGCCUUCAUUUAAAAUCUAUGGAAAAUUUGCAAUCCUGUAUCUCUCUGAGAGUAUGCAUCUUCUCAAACAAUUUUAUCACAGAUAUUCAUCCACUUCAAAGUUGUAUAAGAUUAGUCAAACUUGAUCUCCAUGGAAAUCAGAUAAAGAGUCUACCAGAUACCAAAUUUUGGAGUGGACUGAAGAAACUAAAACUCCUCUAUCUUCAUGACAAUGGGUUUUCAAAGUUAAAGAAUAUAUGUAUGUUAUCUGCCUGUCCAAGUCUAAUUGCCCUCACUAUGUUUGAUUGUCCAGUGAGCCUUAAAAAAGGAUAUAGGCAUGUUCUUGUCAACAGUAUAUGGCCUCUCAAAGCACUGGAUCAUCAUGUGAUUUCUGAUGAAGAAAUAAUUCAGAACUGGCAUCUUCCUGAAAGAUUUAGAGCAUAUAACCACCGACUUUUCUUUAAUUUCUGCCCUGCUUUGAAAAAGGGAUCAACCUAUGGUGAUGAAAUUAAUAAUAUCAAAUAUAUUGUUUCAAAAAUUAAUGAAAUUCUGUCUCAUAAUUCACCAGUUUUGAUUGUUCAAAGAUGGAUACGUGGUUUCUUGGUUAGGAAAAAAAUGAGCCCCUUGUUGCAUAAAAAGCAUCAGGAGAAAUUUAUUGGUGAAUGUGAAACAAAGUGGACUUUUAUACCUAAAGGAUAUGAAGACAGUCUCUUUAAGCAUCUCUUUCUUCAGCCUGAAACUAAUAGAACAGGAAAACUUGCACAUUGGAAACGUGUAAGUCAGAAGGAAUCUGAAGAUGAAACUGAAGGUGAAGAAUUGGAUGCCAGCUUUAGGAUAUCAGUGUUCAAACUACCCAUACAUACUUCAGGUUCACUCAAGUAUGCUGCAUUAUUGAAAGAAAAGGAGCAAGAUUAUUUUCCUACAUAUGUCCAGCCAUUUUCUACCACUCAUCAAAAACCAGAAAUUACAAAAAAGGACAUGCUGUUGAAGGGUAAUGUAAGAAAAGAGUUUUUUACAACACACAGAACUGGUAUAAAACUCCGAACACUUUGUGAUAUUGAUAAAUGUUAUUCAGAGCAAAAGAAGCAGGAAAGCCAUAAAAAAAAAAUAACAGCUGUAACUCUGGCACAAGUUGCCCAGGAAAGAGUUAGCUUAGCUGUUCAAGAAAACUUAAAUAAGAAAAAAAAUGCUGCACAAAAACUAAUUGCAAAAGAUAAUGAGACAAUUCGGAAUGGUUUACAACAACUUUGGCAGGACAGAUUCAAUUACCUUGAAAAAGUUAAAGAGAGGAGAGCUCAGUUUCUGAAAGAAAAAAAACAAAAGGCUGAAGACCGUUUAUUAAUUCAAAACAUAAGUAAUGAGCGUACUCUUUUAUGCAAAGGAAUGAUUAAAAUGGACAGAUUGAGGAAGAAUCAGGCUGUCUUACAAGAGAAAAGUCUGAUUGUUCAGCAAAGACUAGAAAUGGAAAAAUAUCAAAAGAAUUUACUUAAACAAAUGAAAGAAAUUAGGGCUCAAGAAACAUAUAAAAAACACUGUGAAGAAAAAUUUGUUAUCGAUAUGAUUAUCUUUCAAAAAGCAUGUGAAAGAUUUCAAGAUGCUAAAACAAAAGUUGCGCUUGUGAGAAAGAAUUUAGUCUUUAAAGUUCCCAAUGGAACAACAAAAUGAACCAAUGCCAUGUCACAUCCGUGGUCACUUUGAAUUAUGGCUAUUAUAUUUAGUUAAAGGACUUUGAAAUAAUACUAUUAAAGAAGAAAUACUGUAUGUAACAAGAUGUAUUUGUAUAUAAAUGUUCUAAAAAUAUAAAGAAUAAAGCAUUUGUCUUCUUGAUCAUAAUUUAAUUUAAAUCAAGUUAACUUGACACCCCCAAAGGUGCCUUAUAUAUCCAGAUGUCCAAGGAACAAUUAAAACUUAUUUCAUUAAUUGCAGGAAAUAGUGCAAAGGCAUUACUUAUAUUGUUUCAUAUCCCAAGGAUAGAAAUCCUAAAGCUAUUUUCAGUUUCUCUGGCAUAGUAAUUUCUGCCCCAGCUGCUGACUUUUAUUAAGACACUGUGUACUUUCAUUAGUUUCAUUACCUACUUUCACAUAUUUAAUUAUAUCUUGUUUAUUUUGU